GGGUGCCAGUCCUCGGGGAGGAGUCCUCCCGGCCGGCUCGUAGGCUCCCGCUGGGCACCUGCAAGAUGAAGGCGUCCCGCGCACCGCGCACCUGCUGUCCCUGCUGCCCGGAGAAGCGCUUUUCUUGGCGCUUGGUCGGGAUCCUUUUGGUGGCCCCAGUGCUCCUGCUUUCUCUAAACUGUGAUGCCUGUGGUGAACCACCAAAAUAUGACUCUAUGACGCUGAAGAGUAUCCUUAAAAACUAUUAUGCAGUUGGGGAGAAAAUAUUUUAUAAGUGUAAUCCAGGGUACUACAUUACGUUUCCUGUCUCGACUUAUUGUGAGAAGAAUCACUCAUGGUUCCCUAUCCCAGAAGGUUGUUCAAAGAAAGAAUGUAAUUAUCCAAGACUCAAAAAUGGUGAAUUCAUUUUCCCAAAUUUCACCUCGGGAUUUAAUGAUCAAGUUCACUUUCAUUGUGAUGAGGGUUAUCACUUAGAAGGAGAAGCAAUUUUGACUUGCAACCUUCAAGGAGAUGAGGUGUAUUGGAGUGAUGAAUUCCCACAAUGUGAAAAGAUUUACUGUCAACCACCUGCAAAAAUAAAAAAUGGAAAACACACCAAUAGCCACAGAACUAUUUUUGAAUAUAAUGAAUUAAUUACUUUUAGUUGUAAUCGUUUAAAAGGAUCAGAUCAAUAUUCCCUUGUUGGAGAAAGAGAACUUACUUGUAUUGAGAAAAACAAGUGGAGUAGUCGCCCUCCUCAGUGUAAAGUGGUCAAAUGUGACUAUCCAGUAAUUGAACAUGGAAGACUGAUAUCAGGAAUCAAAGAAAAAUAUUACUACCAAGCAAUGGUUCUACUUGAAUGCCUCCCAGGCUUCUAUCUUAAUGGCAGCAACAGAGUGUUCUGUGGUGAGAAUAGUACUUGGGAUCCUAAAAUACCAAAAUGUAUUAAAGGUUUCAAGCCUACUCAUCCAACCAAACCUCCAGUUUCAAGAUAUCCAGGUUAUCCUGAGGCCAAUGAAUAUCUAUCAGUUGAAGACUUUGAAGAAUUAGAUGUAGGCAUCCUUGCUGUGAUUGUUCUCACUAUCCUUGUUGGCAUCGUGGUACUUUGCACCUGCCUGUACAGAUGUCUUAAAAGGGAGAAGAAAGGAUUGGACUAGUGGCCGAGAUUAGAUUUAGAACCGUUCACUGUGAAGACUUGGGACGGUUGUAUGCACUGGAAACAGAAGUUUCCAUCUGUCUAUGCAACUCAGGUAAUUAUAAAAAGCUACCAAUUAAUGGAUCUUGCAACCUGAGCCUCUGGUUUAAUUUAAGAUGGCAACGUUGGAGGACCCUAAACUCACCUCCUUCUCACAUGCACGGAAUCUACAGCUACAUACAGAGCAGUUCUCUUGGAAAGAAAUCUGAAAACUAACUGGAUGGACUCCUAUACAUUGGUGGAUAAAACACACAUCAAGGGGCACCUGGCUGGCUUAGUCAAUGGAGCAUCUGACUCUUGACCUUGGGGUCAUGACUUCAAGCCCCACAUGGGACGUGGAGCCUGCUUUAAAAAAAAAAAAAACAAAAAACAAAAUUCACAUCAAAAUGGAUAGGAGAGACUGGGAUAGUAUCUCACCAUAAACUCCUCCCCAAAUGUGGUAACCCACAGUCAGGCAGGAAACUCACAACUCUGAGCGGCUUCCUGGGAAGCAAAAUAUUUGAACCCCACAUCUGGCACCCCAUCCUUUAAGACCUGCACCUGGAGAGAUGGGUCUGCAAAACAUCUAGCUUUGAAAGCCAAUGGGGUUUAUGUCUAGCAGGCUAUAUAUAGCAAACUGAGAAACAGUUCUUGUAGUGCUUCUGUGGAUUGACUUUGGCUAACCCCCCAGGGUACAAUGGAGAGGCAGCUGUCUGAAACGCCUUGUCUUCCAGUGAAAGAGACCUAUUUGCAUGUCUUAAAAACUUUGGCGUGAAGGGCAGGCAUCUAAUGUCAUACACACCUAGCAGGCAACUGAAAUACUCUUCAAAGCCCAUGAAGGCUGGAGGGCCCCAUCUUCCUGUUGUCCCUCUCCCUGGCUCUCAGCUGCUGGUAUCUUUCAGAAGGAAGCUUGUGUCCACAUCCGAGGCUUUGGUGCUUGUGGCUGCCACCCAGAGAAUGCCCCUUGAUUGCCUGGCACUAACAUCCAUGGGGCUUGCAAGACUGUAACAGAGAAGGAGCUAUUAACUGGCUAUACUCUAGGACACGGCACUGAGGCAGCAGCCAGAAGUGCCCCCGCCUCCCCAGUUUUUCUGUGAAAGAGGCCUAUUAGCUUAUCCACACAGCUGAGGCCUGAGGGAUUUAAUUUCUGUUUAAUUGAUGUUUUCUGAAUAUGUUGCCCUUUAGGGAAUGGAAGUUGGAGGUGAAUAUACCACUAACCAGAGUAAAUCCACCUCAGAGGCAGAGCAGAUGCACCAAAUGGUUUCCACAAACCAGUGCAUCAGUUUAGCUUUUGAUCCAAUUAAAAUCUUAAGAUCUAUUGAACUUAUUUUCUAGUUCUAGUACUCUCAUGAGUGCAACCACUAAGCCAUAAUGCUGACAUUUUAAUUUGUUUUAAAUGUAGUCACCAUCCUUUGAUGCUGCUUUGAACUGUGCAUGAAUUUUGGUAUGAACAUCUGGCCUGUUUUCCCUUAAAUGACACUUGUAGGACAACUUAGCAGAGCAUCCCUAGUAGUAUAUAGGUGGGGAAACAAUUUUUAAAAUACUCUCCAUAUGUGGGAUCCCUGGGUGGCGCAGCGGUUUGGCGCCUGCCUUUGGCCCAGGGCGCGAUCCUGGAGACCCGGGAUCGAAUCCCACGUCGGGCCCCCGG